UUCAGCUAAAAUCUCGAUCAGAAUGGCACGCCAACAAUCGAGUAACGACGUAAAACACCGACAGAUGAACUUGAAUUAUCUGUAUUAUUAGUGACAUUUUAUUUCCAUUUGUUGGUUGGUGCAAAACCAGGGCCCUAUCUGAGACGCCUUAACUACUAGUUCCCCGCUCUACGACUUUCCACGUUGGCAUUUGAUGCACUCCGAUGUUGGAGUUUUUUCUGAUCUUAACCAAGGGAGGCGUAAAGUUAUGGUGUUCUCCUGAUACAAUCGACAUUUUUCGAGUGUCCAUCAAUACAUUCCUUAAAUCUCUUAUAUUAAAGGAGAAUGCGGGGUUCUCUCCAUUUGUUCACAAUUCACGUGCUAUAAAAAUGCACAUGGAUAACGAGUUCAAUCUUCUUUACAUCGCGGCUUAUCAACAUAUUCUUCAGUUAACUUACGUUGACAAAUUCUUGACGGACAUUGCUUUAGAAUUUCGUGAUAGGUACAAGAACCUACUGCAGGUCGACAACGUAAUGUGUUGCUUUCAAGACUUCCAGUCUGUUUAUUUGGAAGUCCUAAAUCGCGUUGAAUUGGAGGACCGUAGAGUACGCACAGGCUCCAAGCAAAUGCGGACAUUCGAUGAGUCGCAGAAAUCUAAGAAAACAGUUGCUUCCAUGAUUGUCUCGAGAAAUAAAAAACCUCUGGAGCAACAGAACAGCGACAAAAGCACUUCGCUGAAGGGUUCCAUUACCAGUGCUGCUGCGGAUUCCCAUCCUUCCAACGAAACCAACGGUAAGCAGCGCAAUGGUUUGCUCUUCGCAGAAAACCAGCGAAAACUUCCUGAGCGACUCAAACUCUCCAAACGGCAGAAGGACCCGCCGGGAUUUUGCUAG